AACUCGGAACAAGUCUACCCCCACUCGCGAGCGAAUUCAGCAGCUCGCUGGGGGGGGGGUUAUCACCAUGGGGGUUUAUUGUUUUAUCGUUUUAUCCCGCACCUCGUCCUCUUCCCCCCCUCUUGCCUUGCAGCAGUUAGGUUUUCUCGACAAUGAUAUCGUUGCCCCUUAUGGAUAGGACGACAGGCUCGUCCCUUGUCCUGCAGGCAGCCUUGUUCUUGGCUGCUACUCUCGUGCUGCUUGUCCUCGGUCGCCGGCUCCUCUUCCACCCGCUCUCCAGCUUCCCCGGGCCGUGGUUUAAUGCCGUUUCUGAAAUCCCCGAAGCGCGCCACCUCAUCAGCGGGCGGCAGCAUGCCUAUCACAGACGGCUACAUGAGCAAUAUGGACCGGUGGUGCGUGUCUCUCCGAACGAGCUCAUCUUCUGCGGCGCAAAUGCCUGGGACGACAUCUAUGGAAACAAGCGAGGAAAAGGGGACAUGGAAAAGUCUCCUCUCCAGGCCGGCGGUCUUCCUCCAGGGCAAUCGGCGACUGCCCUGACAUUAGCAAGGCAAACCGACCAUGCGCGCCAGCGCAAAGCAUUCGCCUACCCCUUUUCCAACACUGCUCUCCUUCAGCAGGAGCCACUGAUACAGAAAUAUGUCGACCAACUCAUUGGAGCCUUGGCAGAGCUGGCUGAUGGUUCGCAGCCGGCAAACAUGGCUGCGUGGUUCACCUACACGGCCUUCGACAUCAUUGGCGACCUGUGCUUCGCCGAACCGUUCGGCUGCUUAGACGCUGGCAGCGAGACGGAAUGGUCGACGAGCGUGGUCCACAUCGCUAUUGCAGGCACCUUCGAACAGGCCACCCGGCGUGUCGCCGGCGUCGGCACCUUCCUGCAGGCGCAGAUGGCUAAGUGGCUCAUCCCAGGUCUUUACAGGAAGUGGAGGAUACUCCAUUUCACCAACAGCACCCAGAAGACCAGACGGCGGUUUGCAGACAAGGACAGGGACCACAAGGACUUCAUCUACUACAUACUGCAGAACAAUGAGGCAAAGUCGCUUCUCUCGGAACUGGAGAUCAUCAUGAAUUCGGCGCUGUUCAUCGGAGCCGGGAGCGACACAACGGCCAUUAUGCUCACCGCUUGGCUAUCACUUAUGCUCACGAAUAGGGAGGCUUAUGAGAAGUUGGUGAGGGAAAUCCGGGGAGCUUUCAGCUCUGCUGAGGACAUCACAUGGAACUCGGUUAAGGACCUACCGUAUCUCGGCGCUUGUAUCAGUGAGACCUUCCGGGUAUGCCCUCCUGUGCCGGCAAACCUCUGCCGAGUAACUCCAUCAGAGGGGGCCAUGGUUGAUGGACGUUGGGUUCCGGGCGGAACCACCGUGUCCGUCUCCCCCUGGGCCGCAACCCACCUACCACUCAAUUUUAGCGAGCCGCUUGUGUUUGCCCCCGAGCGCUGGUUCGAGUCGGAGAGAGCCAGGUUCCCGCGGCACGAAAAGGAGGCUUCGCAGCCGUUCAGCUACGGACCGCGGGGCUGCAUCGGGAAGAAUCUGUCCUACAUCGAGCAGCGACUGAUUAUCUGCCACCUGCUUUGGAGCUUCGAUAUCGAGCCAGCCAGGGGUGCGGAAAUGGCGCGCAAGAACGGCCUCUGGGCCGUUGGUGAUGAUAUGAGACAUAUGAAAGCCUACUUGGUAUGGAAGAAGCCGGACUUGUGGGUUCAGUUGAGUCGGGCCAGGAGAUGAGGGUGCCGUGAAUUUCUUUUUUGCCGGAGGAUCACUGAUAUUAUCCACUGGGACGGGCCCGGAUGAUGCUUUAGUUCUCGUAUCGUGUGCCCGGUUUCCGUACAUCCUGGACUUCAGGAUGUGCAUCCUGGACUUGAGGAUGACCUGGACCAGCGGAAUCCCCUCUAAUACUUUGGUGGGCUAUUCCUGAUGGAGCCGACGGACAAGGAUAUUCUGUCGUGACUGCGGCCAUUGCUCCGGUUGCUUUGGUAUUUGAAGCAUUUUCCCCAAUUGUUUGCCCCAACUUCCCCC